AUGGCCGACAAUACGGUGUAUCGCGCCAGCACCACGGCGCCUGUCAACAUUGCCGUCGUCAAGUACUGGGGGAAGCGCGAUGCCAAGCUUAACCUCCCGACAAACAGCUCGCUGUCGGUGACCCUCGCCCAGUCUGAUCUGCGCACGCUGACGACCGCGUCGUGCUCGGCCACCUACCCGGAAGGCGACACACUCAUCCUCAAUGGCGAACCCUCCGACGUCUCAGGCGCCCGUACCCAAGCCUGCUUUCGCGAGCUGCGCGCCCGCCGCGCCGCCCUCGAGGCCGCUGAUCCGUCGCUCCCCAAGCUCUCGACCAUGCCGCUCCGCAUCGUGUCCGAGAAUAACUUCCCCACGGCUGCAGGUUUGGCGUCGUCCGCGGCGGGCUUCGCGGCCCUUGUGCGCGCUAUCGCCAACCUGUACGAGCUGCCUGCUUCGCCGUCCGAGCUCAGCCUGAUUGCCCGGCAGGGCUCCGGGUCGGCAUGCCGCAGCCUAUUUGGCGGGUAUGUCGCGUGGCGGAUGGGUGAAAAGGCGGACGGCAGCGACUCGUUGGCCGUGCAGGUGGCUGAGGCAUCGCACUGGCCCGAAAUGCGGGCGCUGAUUCUGGUCGUGUCAGCAGCCAAGAAGGGCGUCAGCUCGACGUCGGGCAUGCAGCAGACUGUGGCGACAUCGGGGUUGUUUAAGGAGCGCAUUGCUACCGUUGUGCCGAAGCAUAUGGAGGCUAUGGAGAAGGCUAUCAAGGAGAGGGACUUUGCUACCUUUGCAGAGAUCACCAUGCGCGAUUCGAACUCAUUCCAUGCUACCUGCGCCGAUACCUACCCGCCUAUCUUUUAUAUGAACGAUGUCUCAAGGGCUGCCAUUCGCGCCGUCGAGCAGAUUAACGACGCUGCUGGUAGGACCGUGGCCGCGUAUACUUUCGAUGCUGGCCCGAAUGCCGUCAUCUACUACCUGGAGCAGGAUACGGACAUUGUUGUCGGCACUCUGUACAGCGUUCUGGGUGCUGGAAUUGACGGAUGGAAGCAGUCGAUUGUUGAGAGCCUGAAGCAGCCGGCUGUGACACUGGAUGAGGCUGUGGCCGGGCUGCUGAAGGGCGGUGUCAGCCGUGUAAUUAUGACUGGUGUGGGCGAAGGUCCGCAGAAGACAGAUGAGUAUCUAGUUGCUGAGGACGGCACGCCUGUCAAGAGGUGA